GGCUCAGUAGUUCCCCCGGCGCCCGGCUCCCUCGCGUUAGACGUGCUGUGUUGUGAUCACGUGGGCAGCUCCGGGCGCGGCGCUUGUUUUGGUUUCCCUCUAACUUGCCCACGGCCGCUUCGGGGUGAGCGACUUUCCUGCACCAACUGCCGCGCCUGCCCGCAUCCUGACCUCGUCUUCGGGCUCUCUCAGCCCGGAGUUCCGCAAGCCCCUGGGGCGGGCUCCUGCCAUGCCGCUGGUCCGCUACAGGAAGGUGGUCAUCCUCGGAUACCGCUCUGUAGGGAAGACAUCUUUGGCACAUCAAUUUGUGGAAGGCGAGUUCUCGGAAGGCUACGAUCCUACAGUGGAGACUACUUACAGCAAGAUAGUGACUCUUGGCAAAGAUGAGUUUCACCUACACCUGGUGGACACAGCAGGGCAGGAUGAGUACAGCAUUCUGCCCUAUUCAUUCAUCAUUGGGGUCCAUGGUUAUGUGCUUGUGUAUUCUGUCACCUCUCUGCAUAGCUUCCAAGUCAUUGAGAGUCUGUACCAAAAGCUACACGAAGGCCAUGGGAAAACCCGGGUGCCAGUGGUUCUAGUGGGGAACAAGGCAGAUCUCUCUCCAGAGAGAGAGGUACAGGCAGUUGAAGGAAAGAAGCUGGCAGAGUCCUGGGGUGCAACAUUUAUGGAGUCAUCUGCUCGAGAGAAUCAGCUGACUCAAGGCAUCUUCACCAAAGUCAUCCAGGAGAUUGCCCGUGUGGAGAAUUCCUAUGGGCAAGAGCGUCGCUGCCAUCUCAUGUGAGCCCUUGGGUGUGGGGUAACUGCCUUGUUUCUGCCCCUGGCACUUGCCAUGUUCCAGUGGGGGGCAGACCCUCAGGACUUCACGGGUAUGGUUGCCAGCUGUGUUCCUGGCCCCUGGACACACAGUGUGGCAUCCUCAUGUUUGCACACUUUCCCCAGGCUCCAGUGGCCUGGAUGUCAAUGUUUACAAAGGGGCAAGGACCUCUCAUGGACACUGGCCUCUAGCCCUCUGUUUUUGCUAGAUGAAUUAUGUUAUAACCUGUGGGGUCAGGAUAUGAGUCCUGGGCAUUAUUUAUCCAGGACCCAUCCUCUUGGGUGGGUUUUGGGUGUUGGCUGGGUAAGGGGAGCCGGGGACUUCUGAAAUAGAGCUGGCUCCCUGGAGUGACAAUGUAUAUAUGCAAAUAAACUGAGAAAUCUUU